UCCCGCGUCCCGGCUUCUGAUUGCAGGCUUCCAACGUCAAUCGCGGGGAGUGCGUCUUGCUGGAACACAGUGGAGGUCUGCGCUCCGGUCUGAGGGGCGGUCGGGUGUAUUCUGCGCUCGCCCCACACCCGCGAGGCCCGCGCCGCCCGACCCAACGGCGGAGCCGCCCAGCGCCUCCUGUGGCACCCGCUCCCUUCUCGCUGGAGCGGGACGUGGCCCGACGGCUCCGGUCACUAUGCCCUGGAGCAAGGACACCCUGCAGCCAAGUUCUUUGCCACUGGAGGACGCGGCCCUUCCUUCCAGCAGUCUCCAGUACUUCAUCCCUCACUGCCAUCCGAGGCUACAUCCUCACGGUCUUUUCUGUGCCGGUUCCUGCCGGCGUUCUCACACAAAGUCCUCGAAGACUCUUGCUUUCCCUUCCCUCUGCUUUGUCUUGCACAAACCGAAUCGCCCUCCGUGGUCUGUUCCCAGCUUCAACCGGCUUCUCCAGCAUUCACCUGGGAAGAGUCCCAGCAGUGCCCACUCCCCUUCAUGCCUUCAGAGUGAAACAUCUUUCAACCUAAUAUCAGAAAAAUGUGACAUCCUAUCCAUUCUUCGGGACCAUCCGGAAAACAGGAUUUACCAGAGGAAAAUUCAGGAACUCAGCAAAAGAUUUACCUCAAUCCGAAAGACCAAAGGGGAUGGGAACUGUUUCUACAGGGCCUUGGGCUAUUCCUACCUGGAGUCUUUGCUGGGCAAGAGCCGAGAGAUCCUCAAGUUCAAAGAGCGUGUGCUACAGACCCCAAAUGACCUUCUGGCUGCCGGCUUUGAGGAACACAAGUUCAGAAACUUCUUUAAUGCUUUUUACAGUGUGGUAGAGCUGGUGGAGAAGGACGGCUCGGUGUCCAGCCUGCUGAAAGUGUUCAAUGACCAGAGCUGCUCGGACCGGAUCGUGCAGUUCUUGCGCCUGCUCACAUCAGCCUUCAUUAGGAACCGAGCUGACUUCUUCCGGCAUUUCAUUGACGAGGAGAUGGACAUCAAAGACUUCUGCACUCACGAAGUGGAGCCCAUGGCCAUGGAGUGUGACCACGUCCAGAUCACAGCCCUGUCGCAGGCACUGAACAUUGCUCUGCAGGUGGAGUAUGUGGACGAGAUGGACACCGCUCUGAACCACCACGUGUUCCCUGAGGCUGCCACCCCUUCUGUUUAUCUGCUCUAUAAAACAUCCCACUACAACAUCCUUUACGCAGCUGAAAAACACUAAUUUUAGGCCAUUCUGGAGCCUGUAAUCUAAUGGACUGCAUUCUGAAUGGGACAUUCGGCCUUGGCGAUUUUUUAAUUGAUUUAGACAACUAGAAACAUACAGCCUUUUGGGUAAAGCCACUGAACUGAGACCUGUGCCCACUAUGGACUGUCAUGACUUAAUAGGAAUUUUAGUAUUUAUUUUGAUAGAUGAUGUAAUGCCUGCUAACUCUGGACCAGAAAGCCAGGAACUCUAUCUAUGUAUCCAUCUACUGUAAGAACCUCGUUGGACCUAUUUAUUUAUCCGGAAGAGGUUCCUGGCAGUGUUGACAUGCCGCUGUGUGAAAAUGAGGAAAUCUGGUGUGUCCUCACCAGGGACAGUGGCCUUCAUACGGGAAAAAAAGCUCAGGUCAGCUGUCACACUCAGGUGACUCACCAGACCCAUGAAGAGUCCAGCCCUGCUAUGUAUGUUGGGUGUAUAAUGGUAGACAAUGUCUGAUGAAUGUGAGGGGCUUGUGUGGAGUUUCAUUCAUGAUGGCUGUGCUUUCCCAUCCAUUUAGGGGGGGAGGGAGAGGGGUGGAGAGAGAGACCAUGAGAGAGAGAACGUGAGAGAGACUUUUAUACCAAAGUCCAGAAAAGGGUUUUAGCCUUCGGCAUGAAGCUCAGGUUGUGAGGUCCUUCUGCCUCAGGGCCACGACUCCUGACUUUGGAGGACAGGCCCUUCGGAGUUCCGCUGUCAGCCCCACCUGGAUAAGGCUUGACAAAGCCGAGGGCCUGUACCUGAGUCAGUGUGUUCUUGUCUGGGACCGGGGAGCUGCAUCAGCUCCUCAUCCCCAGUGAAUUCUAGAAGUGGGGUCUAGGUAGUCAGCUGGGUAGGGGUGUGUGCAGCAUGGAAACAGGGAGGGCAGAGCACAGAGUCUGCAAGGUUCUUCAGUUUUCCCCAGCCCAGCUUGGUAGGCAGCUAGGCAUAAAAGAACAGACAAGCCAUACAAGUUGGCAGCAGGAACGAAAGUUCCCAAUGCUGGCAGUAGCCUAUUCGUCGGCACGUGCCCCUUAACAGCCUCCUCACUCACCUUGCUGCCUCAAGAGCUUCAGGAGUCCACCCGAGGACACUGGGAAAAUCAGCCUCCAGCUGGGCUGAGGCACUAGCUAGCCUUGCCUUGCUCUGUAGGAUAGCCAUAGAACUACCAUUGGUACCCUUCCUUGGGGGCAAGGCUCCCCUCAUGUUUCAUUCUGCAGGGCUUAAGACUUGUGGUGCUACUGUGAGGGUCUGCUGACAGUCUGCACACAGAACCAGAAGGAUCUGAGUCUUAAACAAAUCUCAGAUCUGUAUCUUUUCUUUUGCUUGGUAUAAGCCAAAAGCACCCAGAUGUCUGGGCAGUGUGGGAACCAAGGCCAACAUUUAGAUCCAAGGGCCCCAGCUAAGUGAGUCUGUCACUGACACAGGAGUAUAAAUGUAGCCUUCAUCUUUGGAUUUGUUAAGUGUCCCACCCUGAUCUGGCUAAGAGUGUUGUGGUCUAUGACAAGUACCCCGGAAGAGCAGGCACUGAUUUCCGUGACUAUCUUCAGCCAGACUAUUCUUCACUUGUAGGCUGAAUGGGCUGCUCCGAGGAGGUUAGAAGGGUCUGGGGACAGGACAAUGGGGACUUGGGUUCCCUGGUUAGGCUACAGCAACAAGUCAUGCUACCACGCCCACUUUCUGAAUGACUCCUGCACCCUACAACCCCUCUUUCUAGACAAAGCACUGCAAGUACAGGGGCUUAAGAGGUCACCCUUGUGAAUGCUUGUGCAUGCCUCACUUGCCCAGAGGGGACAACUAGUAGGGAUAGAAACAGAGCAGUGUACCUGCUCUGAUGUCCUCCUGAAACAGACGCAACUCUGCUGGGGCCAGCUGCCCAAUUUCAGUUCUCAACUGAAUGAGCUUGGCCAAGCCACUUCACUUCAGACUUUGGAAUCAGAGAAGCCUGCCUCAGAAGUGAAUGGUCUAAGUAUGAACCACAGGGAACAAUGCGACAGGUCUAAGAGCCAAGUAUACAGCCAGCCUGGGACAACGGGGCUUGGGGUUCAGUGAGUGCCCAAGCCAAGCCCUACAUCUUCCUUUAGAUGAAAACAUCUUCGUAGCAUUAAAAGUUUCUAUAACAACUUUCA